CUGCGGGCGCAGGACCCUCCUACACACACCUCCUCUCAGCCCCGGGGCUCAGAGAAGCCUGAGAGCGUGGAGAGAUCGGGAACCAACCGAGCCUCCAGAGGCAGAGGACCCAGACAGGGGCCAGCCCUGCAACUCCUGCAGGGAGCAGUGCCCAGGUUUCCUGCUACACGGCUGGAGAAAGAUCUGCCAGCACUGCAAAUGCCCACGAGAGGAGCACGCAGUGCAUGCCGUGCCUGUGGAUCUGGAACGCAUCAUGUGCCAGCUAAUCUCAGACUUCCAGCGCCACUCCAUCUCCGAUGAUGACUCAGGCUGUGCUUCGGAGGAAUAUGCCUGGGUGCCCCCGGGCCUUAAACCUGAGCAGGUGUACCAAUUUUUCAGCUGCCUCCCAGAAGAUAAGGUCCCCUAUGUCAACAGUCCUGGGGAGAAAUACAGGAUCAAGCAACUGCUGCACCAACUGCCCCCACAUGAUAGUGAGGCACAGUACUGUACAGCUCUGGAAGAGGAGGAGAAGAAAGAGCUCAGAGCCUUCAGCCAGCAGCGGAAGCGGGAAAAUCUGGGGCGUGGCACUGUGCGCAUCUUCCCCGUGACCAUCACUGGGGCCAUCUGUGAGGAGUGCGGGAAGCAGAUCGGAGGUGGGGACAUUGCCGUGUUUGCCAGCCGUGCCGGCCUGGGUGCCUGCUGGCACCCACAGUGCUUUGUGUGCACCACAUGCCGGGAGCUUCUUGUUGACCUCAUCUACUUCUAUCAUGCUGGCAAGGUCUACUGUGGGCGUCACCAUGCUGAACGCCUGCGCCCUCGCUGCCAAGCCUGUGAUGAGAUCAUCUUCUCCCCUGAGUGCACAGAGGCCGAGGGCCGCCACUGGCACAUGGGUCACUUCUGCUGCUUCGAGUGUGAAGCUUCACUAGGAGGGCAGCGCUAUGUCAUGCGUCAGAGCCGUCCCCACUGCUGCGCCUGCUAUGAAGCCCGCCAUGCAGAGUACUGUGAUGGCUGUGGAGAGCACAUCGGUCUGGACCAGGGCCAGAUGGCUUACGAGGGCCAGCACUGGCACGCCUCAGACCGUUGCUUCUGCUGUAGUAGCUGCGGUCGAGCCCUGCUGGGCCGCCCUUUCCUGCCACGCCGUGGCCUCAUCUUCUGCUCCCGAGCCUGCAGCCUUGGAUCGGAGACCACCGCUCCGGGACCCGGCCGCCGCAGCUGGAGCGCAGGCACGGUCACCGCACCGCUCGCAGCUUCCACAGCCGCUUUCUCUGCUGAGGAAGGGGCGUCUGAGACCACUACCAAAGGCACCUGUACCGAGGCCGCGCCUGCUACAGAUCCUGAGGAGCCCUCCCGCUUUUUGAGAGGGGCCCCCCAUCGCCACUCCAUGCCCGAACUGGGGCUCCGCAGUGUUCCUGAACCACCUGCAGAGUCCCCUGGACAGCCUGACCCACGCCCCAACGAUAGUGCCUUUGGUCGCCAGAGCACACCACGUGUCAGCUUCCGAGACCCUCUGGUGUCUGAGGGAGGUCCACGGCGGACACUGAGUGCACCUCCGGCCCAGCGCCGAAGGCCACGCAGUCCCCCACCCAGGGGCCCCAGCCGCCGUCGUCGCCGCCACCACCACCAUCACCACCACAAUCCUGGCAGACGUCGCCACCAUCGAUGUGACUUGGGAUCCGGGUCAGACUCAGGAUCUUGCUCCAGCUCGCCCUCCAGCCCCAGUUCCGAGUCCUCGGAGGAAGAUGGAUUCUUCCUCGGGGAACGUAUCCCACUACCCCCACACCUGUGCAGGCCCAGGACCACUCAGGACACUGCAACUGAGACUUUAAACUCUCCGGCUCCACCACUCCCUGGGGACUCUCGCCCAGGGCCUCGCCAGGCCCGAGAUAAGAACUGCAUCUUGGCCUGAAAGCAGGCAGCCCCAGAGGGGGCUCCAUUGUCUGGUCAGUGUAGACAAUGACUCCACCACACACACUAGGUCAUAGAUCCCCUUCCUCCCUCCCUCUUUCUUGUUUGUAUUACUGAAGUAAUUUAAUAUUUGUUGAAAACAGGCCUGCCUUCUUUGCCUCCUUGUUUCAGCUGCCCGCCCCCACUUUCUCCCUCCUGAUGCUUAAGAUUUAUCCAUUUUGUCAAAGGA